AUGACGAGUAAAUGGUACAAAUUAGGAACCCUUGAACUAGUCGAAAAAAUCCUCAAGGCCGCAAGAAAAUUAUACUCAAGACAAAUCCCCACUGAACAAACACAAUUACAGCUAUUGCCAUGGCCUAUUUCCACGAACACAGCAGCUAUAACUGCAAUAAUCUUAGAAAAUGAGGCAGAAAGUAUUCCUCCGCCCCCGGGUCCUGCUAGUUCACGAACAACGAUGAAGGUAGUAUUAUUCUUAGCAACACCUAUCAAGGAUGGCUAG